AUGGCGCAAGAGUUAGAGGCCCUGCUGGCACGCAUUCGCUGGGCCCUGUGCAGGCGCCAUGGCAGCGUUGAGGCUGCCGUUGACGCCAUGCUGUCGCGCUCCUCAAGAAGUACGGGCGGUGAGUUGGAAGGCGCUUUCUAUGCCCUUGUAGAGGCCGGCGCGGAUUGCAACGAUGUCAAAGCAUUGCUGGAGGCGGCGAUGACCGUUGCUGGAGGUGAAGUUGGAUUGGAACACAUGGCUGCAGUGGUAGCGCCAGAUCACCUGUUUCCGAUGCCGGCAGAGGUGAGGUACUCAGAUGGCUGA